AUAAUUUGUUACACAGAGGGAAGAAGUAAUCUACAGUAUAACCAAUAAUACAUAAUUAUUUAAAUUAAUUUUUUAUGGGUUCAUGGAUAAUGGGGCGGUCGGUCAUGAACACUGUGUAAUAAUGAUCUCUCUGUGGAGCUCCUUUCUUCCCUCACCCCAAAAAUCCCCAAAUUUCCUGAAAACCCUAAAUUAACUAUGCGUAGAUCCUCCGAAAUCUAAUCCACGCAGAUCGCGAGCUAAUGGAAUCCAUCGGUGACCGGAAUCCCAAUCCAUUGCCGCCGUACACGGAUUGCUCGCAGGGGAUUUGCACCAUAUACUGCCGACAGUACUGCUACCUGAUCUACCCUCCGCCGCCGCCGCCGCCGUCGUCCGAUGACGAUUCCGGCCCCUCCUUCUCGCCUCUCAUCAUCGCCAUCAUCGGCGUGCUCGCCUCCGCCUUUAUUCUCGUCAGCUACUACGCCAUCGUCCGGCGCUACUGCCGCCGGAGGCGGAGCGCGGUCGCGAAUCGCGACGAGUUAGGUCAGGAUCUAUGGCAGAUUUCGGCAGACUCAGCGGCGGCGGCGGCGGCGGUCGGACUGGAUGAAGCGGCGAUUAAGACGAUCACGGCGGUUAAGUACCGGAAGGGCGACGGAUUAAUCGACGGAACAGAGUGCGCCGUCUGCCUGAGCGAGUUUCAGGAGAACGAGCCGUUGAGGCUUCUCCCUAAAUGCAGCCACGCUUUCCACCUAUCCUGCAUCGACACGUGGCUCAGAUCGCAGUCCAAUUGCCCUCUCUGCCGCGCCAACGUCGCCGGCGCCGGCGCCGUGGCUCCGCCGGCGGCGAAUGGCGCUCAAUCUUCGUCAAAUCUGAGUUCGAAUUUGUACCAGAUGCGUCCGCCGGAUGACCUGAUUGUCGUCGUAGAGAAUAUUCCGGCGGAUGAUCGGACGGCUGUGAUUCGUCGCGAUGAUGAUGAUGGGAAUGGAAGGAAUUGCGAUGGAUUUCGAAGGUCAGUUUCGGUAGGCGGAUUUCCGUCGGAAAGGAGGGUUUUGAUUUCGGAUAUUUUGAGGUUGGAAGAUUCGUCGUCCCCUGUUGCGAUGAAGAGGUCGAUUUCGACGGGAGGGUUCUUCUUCUCCACUUCGUCAUCUCAUCAUAGCAAAGUAGAACGUAAAAAAUGGUAAAAACAAAAGCAGCCAAACCAUGUGUGGCAAGUGACUUGAGACGGCGGGCCGAACCUAAUACCCUGCAAACCAGGCAUGACGGAAAAGUCUUCAGAGGUCGGGAGUUUGAACCCAUGACCGGGUCCAACCCUUACACAACCAGGUCAUCUCUUACGGGACUCGUUUUUCUUGUUAAUUCAUUCUAAAAUAGAUGAUUCAUUUAUAUUUUUAGUAAAUUUAUUCU